ACUACUAUUAAAAUUACUAUUUACUCGUUCAAAUGACAGGUCGUCUUAAUUACACGUGACAUGGAUACUAGCCUAAAUGAAGUAGUAUGACACUUAUAAUGAGUCAUUUUUAAGAUAUGUGACAUGUAACUGCUGUCAACCCUCAUUUACAAGUUGUAAGUCUAAUUAAAAGAGUUCUGAAGUGAAUCAGCUAUUAAGACUUUGUGUUAGCCCAUCUCUUGGCAUAUUGAAGCCUACUGGAUGUAUGUUAUCAGUACAGCUGUCAAGUUAUUGGUUAGGCUGACAUAAUGUCGUUAAAGCCUCGUGCGGUGAAUUUUGACGAAGUCUGGGGAGGACUACUUGAAACGGUGCAGCAGGUAGUGACGAUGGAGACCAUCAAACGUAGUAUCUGGAACGAGAGGUUCUCCGACGUUUAUUCCCUCUGCGUAGCCUUUCCCGAACCCCUGGCCGAACGCCUGUACACGGAAACUAAGAAACUCCUGGAAAAUCACGUGAGAGAGCUCUAUUCAGAGGUCAGUAAACAGAGAGAGGAAAACCUACUUGCCGAAUACCAUCGCUACUGGUUACAGUUUAGUAAAGGAACUCAGUACCUCAACAAUCUUUACUCAUACCUGAAUGCACAACACGUCCAGAAACAAAAGUUCAGCGAUGCAGAUUUAACUUACGGUUCCAUGCACAUGGAUAUGUCUGAACAGCUUUUAGAAAUAGGUGAGCUUGGUCUAGAGAUAUGGCAGAAGGAAAUGAUAACGCCUCUACAGUCGCGCCUCGUUGGAGUGUUGUUAACAGGCAUCCAACAAGACAGGACAGCAGCUGCAACAGAUGUCCCCACCCCCACGAUUCGUGGUGUCAUCCAUUCCUUUGUUGAUGUUAAUAUGUACAAAAAAAAAUCUACCUUGCAGCUCUAUGAGUCUGUAUUUGAAGGGGAGCUUUUGAGAGAAACUGGGUCCUUCUAUCGCAAAGAGGCAUCGUCCCUCUUGCAAGAGUGCAACGUCUCUCAGUACAUGGAGAGAGUGAUUGGGAGAUUGGCAGAAGAGGAGCUUCGAGCAACCAAGUUCCUCCCUCCAAGCUCUCACCAACGAGUAGUGAAGGAAGUGCAGGACCGCAUGGUUGCCGACCACCUCAGUACCGUCCAUGCGGAAACUGGGUCGAUGGUGAAUGGGGAGCGCACGAGAGACCUCUCCAACAUGUACACUUUAUUGCGGCCCAUACCCAACGGAAUAACGGUUCUCGUCCAGCACGUAAAAGAACACAUAAAACAGAGGGGUCUACAAGCAAUAGCCAAUCUUAAAGGGGACAAUGUCCCAGCCCAGUUCGUUGAGAGCUUGCUAGAAGUGCACAAGAAAUACCGAACGAUGAUUACCGAAGUCUUUCACAAUGACCAGCAGUUUGUAGGGGCUCUAGACAAAGCCUUUGAAAGCGUUGUUAAUCAUAGGGGUGGGAACACAAAAGUUGUAUGUCGCUCUCCCGAACUUCUUGCUAGAUACUGUGAUACAUUACUUAAAAAGUCGACCAAAGGUCUCAACGAGAGCGAGGUUGACGACAAAGUAGGCCUUAGUAUAACCAUAUUUAAGUAUAUUGACGAUAAAGACGUAUUUCAAAAAUUUUACGCAAGAAUGUUGGCCAAGAGGCUCAUCCAACAACAGAGUCAGUCCAUGGACUCCGAGGAAGGCAUGAUUAACCGUCUAAAGCUAGCGUGUGGCUACGAGUAUACGAGCAAGUUGCAUCGGAUGUUCACCGACAUGUCAGUCAGCACUGACCUUAAUCAUAAGUUCAACGACUACCUGAAGAGAAAGUCACUCGAUCUUGGCAUUAAUUUCUCAAUUAAUGUCCUCCAGGCAGGUGCGUGGCCACUUGGGCAGACGAGCAUUACGCCAUUUUCUGUGCCCCAAGAAUUAGAAAAGUCUGUACAGAUGUUUGAAACAUUCUACCACCAGAACUUCAAUGGGAGAAAGCUAACGUGGCUACACCAUCUCUGUCAAGGGGAGCUGAAAGUCAGUCACAGUAAGAGGACGUACCUUAUCACAAUGUCGACUUUCCAGAUGGCUAUGUUACUUAUGUUUGAGAAGAUUGACAAUCUCACUUGUAACGAGUUGCAGAACCACACACAGCUGAAUGAUGAGCAGUUCACUAAAUUUUUGCAGUCACUAUUAGACAGCAAAUUACUCUUUGCUGAUGGAGAGGAUCUAAGAGGGGAAACGGUAGUACGACUCAACAUGGACUACACUAAUAAGCGAACGAAGUUCAAGAUUAGCGUCGCCGCCCAGAAGGAACAACAGCACGAAGCUGAGCAGACUCACUCUGCUGUAGAUGAGGACCGCAAGUUAUAUCUACAGGCAGCCAUCGUUAGGAUAAUGAAAGCACGUAAAUUACUUAAGCACACCAUGUUAGUCCAAGAAGUCAUUAGCCAGUCUCGAGCGAGGUUUGCUCCGCAGAUUCCUAUGAUUAAGAAAUGCAUAGAGCUGCUCAUAGACAAGCAGUAUUUGGAGCGAACCCCAAACACCACAGAUGAGUAUAGUUACGUGGCAUAAUUUUAGCGAUGUUAGUGGAUUUGUCCUUUCAUUUUUUUAUUCACUUGAUGACUUGUGAUUGCAAUCAGUGUCUGGAGGAGUGUUCUCUUAAUUUUUGUUUCACCGGCGAGGUUGCGGAAGAACGGCCGUGAAAAUGGCUCGAGUCAAACAAGCGUUCAAGCUCAAGAUUGAACACAUAGAAGUUUGCCACAUAGUUUCUCCUGUACAGUGUGUUGCGCGUCAUGAUGAAGAGAGUUACUGUAUUGUGAAUUUGAGUUCGUCUCAUCGGCUUUCUUUUACGUUAAGAUAGACUAAUGACUCGACGUGUACAUAUAGCAAUAGACGGUUGGCUUCGCAGGCAGUCAGUCGUGUGCGCUGCCACCUCGCUAACAUCUGUGGCAGCUGCUGGUCACCGUUGCCAUUCUACACAGUGCAGUAAAUGUGAUGCUUCUUAUUUUCUUCCCCCUUCUUUUUAGCUAUGGUGCUGCAUUUUUUAUAGCUUCUUCAUAUCAAAAGUAUUUUUAGUUUGUUAAAUUAAUAUUGCGUAGUUCUUAGUUUUUGUGCCAGUGUGUGUGGAAACAGCUUGUGACUAUCCAUCGAGGAAGAGCGUAGAAAGUCGGGCGACGUCAUUGUGAAAUGAAGGAGAAAGUCGUUUAUCAUUCAAGAAGCACCAGUGCUGUGCCUUUUUUUUUAUUUGUUUCCCUUCUUUGUACAUUGUUCCACUAUGUGGAACUAUAAGAAAGAGUAUUGAAUCUCUUUUCAAACCUUGUUCUUGUAAAUAUAUAUAUUAACUAUCAGAAACUGGAUUCUCUCUCUUUGUCUGUCUUUCUCUGUCUAUCUCUCUCUCUCUCUCUCUCACUAACUAACUCCUAUCUGUCGUUUGUUUGUUUUCCUCCCUCUGUCUGCGAUUUAACUCAACAUUUAGUCGAUUUUGAUUUUGUUUUGGUGUUUUUGUACCAACUUGACAUUAUUAGUACUACUAUGCUGAUCCAGGCUGUUCAAUCUUUUCACUUACCUCUGAGGCUCAGCCCUUCUCCAGGUUUAGUUGUAAUCUGACUAAUAUUCUUAAGAUAUAAUUUAUUGUUAUUGUAAAUACUACAAAGCAUACAGUAUGAAUUGUAAUAAGGGAAGACACGCGAAGGGUCUCGGCCUUAUACCUUAAUAAACAGAUAUUUAUCGCCAUGUUUUAUCUCCUCAAGAGCUUGUACGUUGUGCGUUGACUUUGUUUUUCGACAGUCUGUCUGUCUCAUUUUAACAAGCCGUAACAAGAUUUUAAGUUUGGUGUCCUGUUGUUUGCUUGGUAAUUGAAUAUCAAAAAGAGCUUUGUGAGAACUAUAUCUUAAGAACUCCAUGCAUUUUUGUUUCAAAUGAAAAACUGUGAUAAACAUUUUUGCAUUUUCUAAGGGACUUCAGCCAUAAGGUAUUCAUCUGUUCCAUCAACUGACAUUACCAUGUGCUUGUAGGUAGAUGGGAAUUAAUCUCUACCUUGAGUGCAAGUAUUAUUUCCUUUUUUUUUACUUGAACCAGAUAAGAAUUUUGAAUGAAGAGAGAAAUAAAAGAGUUGAAUGAAA